GACAGAAGCCCUCCUUCUCGUGUCUGAGCUAGGCUCCACCUCUCACUUUCCCUCCCAGCUCUCUCUCCAUCUUUCUCUCAGCAUCACACCCACACCCACACACACACAACACAUGCGUACACACACGCAGAUACACACACCCUCUCUCUCAGACUCUCCACUCCAUAUGAGCCUUCUCGUCAGGGCUGACAGCUUUGGAGCUGAAGGUGUGCAGCUGUUGCCAGUGGACAUCCAUCUGGGAAAGGAAGUCUGAAAAAAAAUUGCUCAGACUCAAGAACCUUGCAACAUCAAGCAGAAGUUGUCUGAAGCCCUUCCUGGGAUUUUGAAGAGAACCCAAAGAAACACAGCGAGCUGCCAGCGACUGCCUGGCUGCCCAGCGUCGCCACCAUGAAUGAGAGUCGAAGGGAAGCGCUGGCGGCUGCGGCCCCUUCGCUCACCACUGCCUCCUCCUCGACAGCUGGCUCCAACACCACCAGCAUGGCCGGACCGGGCACAGGGGAGAAGGAUGAAGCCUUCUCCAAGCUGAAGAACAAGUUCAUGAACGAGCUGAACAAAAUCCCAUUGCCGUCAUGGGCCAUCGUCUCCAUUGCUUUCGUGGCCAUCAUUCUGGCGUUGGCUUGCUGCUUUUGCGUCUGCAAAAAGUGGAUUUUCAAAAAGAAAAACAAAAAGAAGGGCAAAGACAAGGGCAAAAAUGCCAUCAACAUGAAGGACGUCAUGGAUGGGGCCAAAACCGAGGCCUUGAAGGAUGAGGAGGAUGCGGAGACAGGGCUGACUGAAACGCAGAAAGAGGCCGAGCCAAAGGAGGACGAGAAACUGGGCAAAUUACAAUACUCCCUGGAUUACAAUUUCACGGAGAAUACGCUCAUGGUGGGGAUCAUCCAGGCUGCAGAGCUGCCUGCCAUGGAUAUGGGAGGCACAUCUGACCCUUAUGUGAAGGUCUACCUUCUGCCUGACAAGAAGAAGAAAUUUGAGACCAAGGUCCACAGGAAGACCCUAAACCCAGUCUUUAACGAACAGUUCACCUUCAAGGUGCCCUACGUAGAGCUUGGUGGCAAGACGCUGGUAAUGACGGUGUACGACUUUGACCGCUUUUCCAAGCACGAUGCCAUUGGCGACAUCAAGGUGCCCAUGAACAAGGUGGACUUCAGCCGCGUAACAGAGGAGUGGAGAGAUCUACAGAGUGCUGAGAAGGAGGAACAAGAGAAGCUGGGUGAUAUCUGCUUCUCUCUGCGAUACGUUCCCACCGCGGGCAAGCUGACCGUGGUCAUCCUGGAGGCCAAAAACCUGAAAAAAAUGGACGUGGGCGGCUUGUCAGAUCCAUAUGUGAAGAUUCACCUCAUGCAAAACGGAAAGAGGCUGAAGAAGAAGAAAACGACAAUCAAGAAGAACACCCUCAACCCUUACUACAACGAGUCCUUUAGCUUUGAAGUUCCGUUUGAACAAAUCCAGAAAGUCCAAGUUGUUAUAACUGUUCUGGACUAUGACAAGAUCGGCAAGAACGACGCCAUUGGCAAGGUGUUCGUGGGCCUGAACAGCACAGGCACAGAGUUGCGCCACUGGUCCGACAUGCUGGCCAACCCGCGGAGACCUAUCGCCCAGUGGCACGUGCUGAAGCCCGAGGAGGAGGUGGACGCGCAACUCGCCACCAAGAAAUAGGCAGGGCCACUUUCAGCUCCCUGCCUUGUAGUACUCUUUAGCCAGUAUGUGUAAAUACCUCAGUGAUAUAUGGGUCCAUCCAUCUGAGCCCUCCCUUUACCUUCUGAUUACAGAGUAAAUCAAUCAAAUGUCCCGCUUUUCUUUGUCUGUUAGGUUCUCCGUUUCUCUGAUUUGAUUGGUUUCCUCCUCUGAGCCCUUCACCACCACGACCAAAAGCCCCCUUCUUUUAAGCAAUAUGAUCUGUAUAGAUAGCGCAUGACUGAAAGAGUUUAUUGUACCACGGUUGUAUAUAUAAGUAUGCAGACAAAAAUGAUUUCUAGUUUCUGUGUUUGUAUGUUGUUACCCGUUUCCUAAUCUGUGUAUAUCUUGAUGUUUUUAAUAAGAUGUUCUAUUUUAAAUUAUGUAAAUGCAGAUAUAGAGGAAAGCUAAUAUUAUAUAUCCCAGGAUUUAAAAAUUCUACCUUAUUACUUUAUUGCAUUCCAGAGUAAAAAGACAAUUAACUCCAACCUGCGAGUGAGGAAAAUGUUCAGAUCGUAAAGGACGGCGUCUGGCUUUAACUUCAGCAUCAAGCAUAGAGAAACAGAUGAAUAUAAACCAAUAUAAGGCCAUUAUCUGCUAUGGUUCUGUUGGGAAAAUUAUGCUGGAUAUUUUACAAGCACAUGACUCCUAAUGACGUACUUAGUUCUCUACCAGGACCUGCAGUAUUUGUUUGGGUUGAACAAAUCAGAGUUGAGUCUGUCUUCUUUUCAUAUUUGGCCAGAUAUUUUUUUUUUGUUUUUUGUCAAAAUUAGUUGAGAAACAGACCUGAUGUUUGAGGGGGGGUAGAAAAAAAAAGCACCAAGCUGUAGCCAUUGUGCCCUUAAUCUUGUUUGACAAUAUUUUGUUUAAACAGCCUUGUUGUACUUGGAAGAGUCACGUUUUAAGAAGGUUUAAAAAGAAAAUGCAGAUCUGGACUUAAGAGGACUAUUUUUUAGUGCAAAUCAGCGUGUUGACUAUUUUUAGUAAAGUGCAUGAUACUUUUUAUUUUUACGAUCUUUUACUUAAGGCCGGAAAACACCAGGGAGAGCUCUUCUGUUGUGAUUCCCUUGCCUUCAAACAGUGGAGUGGCCUAAAAAAAGACAAAAAAAUCUAACUUUUCCUCAACAGAAUGUUGAGCUUCUAAACACUGCCAUUCAGGGAGACGGCUUGACUUGAGACGCUCUCUUCAUGCACACUCCCACUCGCUAGUGGUUGUAGCUUCGGUUUUUUGGGAACAAUGUCUCUGGCUGCAGUGGUGCCCUAAGUCGCAGUCCUUGCUUUGCGUUGCCUUCUCACAGUGACAAUAGAGCUAGCCAUGUUUUACUGCCAAUUUUAACUUUUAUGUGGCUGCUGUUUUUGCACUGGACGUCUUUGAAACUCGCUCAUUUACUUCUCUAGAGAAUAUGUUUGCUUUGUGAUGGGUCACCUGCAGGGGGAGCCAGAGAUCCUCACAAGGACAAAUUACAGCGUUUUCUUUUUAAGCAGGCAAGGAAUUAAAAAUAGAGGUGUGGGGAAAUUGGUCCAUCAAUUUAGUAAACUGUACAUUAGUAGCAUUAGUUUGUUUUUAGGAGACAUUUGUAAACUUUUUAUGCUCAGAAUAUAAUUUCAGAUUGUUUUUUUGUUUUUGUUUUUUCGGUUUUAUGCUGCUGAAAGGUUUAAGUGAGCAUUUCAACUCCAGUGCUCAAAAUUUAUGCUUUUUUUCUUGUUCUACAGCAAGAAAAUAUACUUUUCUCCAAAACUGCUCUCAAAGUGGAGUGUAAAGUACUCCAAGAGUGCUCAAAAUAGAGAAAAUGGGCUUCAAUCCAUAUUCCAAGUGUAUAAUUUGAGAAAAAGAUUCCUUAAUUCCUUAAUAUGAAGGAUAAGAAUAUAGCGUAUGCAUACAACUUUCUACGCUGAAACAACAGAUUGUGUGCAUACAGUUUGUAUAACUACUGUAACUGGUUGCAAUUUGUACAGAAUAUUCCCUAAACUGGGUGUAUUUGUACAGCAGCCAGAACAAAUGGUUUGCAAACCUGCAGAUUCUAAUCCAUGUAUACAAGCUGACGGGAUUCAUUCCCGGCUAAUCUGAAGGCAUGGAUUGCAACCCCACUGUUUGGUUUUUAAACUCCUGGAAUAGAUUCCAAUCUGUGCUUCCUAAACUGUGGAGAAUAUUUGCAUUCCAUGGUUUGGUUUCCUCAACUAAACGCAACUGAUUGCAAUCAUGUCACUCUCAAAACUGCAGGAACAGAUAGCAGUUGUUUAUGGAGUUUCUGAUACUGAUGAAACUGACUGUAAUCCACACAUGUAGUUUCCCAAUUUUAAUGAGUAAAUUGUUGUAUGUGUUUAGUUUCCCAAAGUGAAAGUUUGAAUUUCAAAUUGUAGUUUCUGAGAAGGUUUGAACAUCUGGUUUUCUCAACUGUGAAGAAACUGACUGCAAAUUCCUCUGUACAGUUUUCUAAACUGAAGGAAAAGCUGGUAAUCUGUGUAUAUUUUUUAUAAGCUAAAGAAAGGAACUAUAAUUAUGCACAGAGGAAAUGAGUUGUGUAGGUUUCCUAACCUAGAGCACACGUUGCAGUCCAUGCAUAACUUUUAUAAACUGAGAGAACAGAUUUCAAACUGCGUACAGUUUCCUAAACCAACAAAAUGUAUUUCCCCCACCUCCAUUCUUUUAUUCCACCUCCUUGCCUGUGUUAGGCUCCGCACCAUUAGGCCAACAGCUUCAGAUUACUAUUGUCGCUAACCUGGGGAGCAGGUAAACAACCAUAAAAGUUAAUGGUCUGCUGUGACCAUCGUGUCCUUUACUUACGGGUCCAAUUAGGAGCAGAAUAAUCCAUGAAAACCAUGAAGUCUCUUAUCUUGGAGGAACCUCUUGCAUAUACUCGAUGCUUAUAUUUCAGGAGGACUUUCUAAAUGUUUUCAAUGUUAUUGUGUAGUUGAUAGCACUAUUAUGAAAAAGCUACUUGUCAUUCCAUAGGAGUCUCUGAGGACUGCUUUGUGUAUCACUGUGACUGCCGUGUGUGCUUAGAGAUGUAGAUUUAUCAGUAGGUAGCGAGUUCGUUCUGUAGUGAUGUCGUAGCAUUUAACGCCAUCCCCCCUCCCCUUCUACACGCAACCAGAGAGACAGAGUGAGCGUGCACGCCGCCGCACGACGUCACGCGUUUUUAUCCGAGCGGGUCGCUUUCACACAGCAUUUUGUUGAGCACUGUGCAAUACUUGUAUGUUCAUCCCAUAGUGUAACAAUCAGCAAGGAUGGCGUUUGUCCUUCCCGGCGAGGCGGUACGAACCGUACAUCCACCUUGUUCACCUCCUUUUAGAGUUUUCCUCCCUCGUUUCUUCUUUUUUUUUCCGCAGGUUUGUUUUUCUCCUCUUGCACACAAUUCCAGCAUCAGACGCUUCAGGGAGUCUCAGUUCAAAACCAAACAAGAUAAAUAUCCCUAAAAAUGCCAUGUAUAUAUCCACAUCAUGUCAGAAGAAAAUAAAACGGUGAAAUAAAUAUAUCUAUUUAGCAACUAGUAUCAUUCAACAUUUUAAAUCUCAUCAUUGUUAAUUUUCUGCCUUAAGUCAAAAUCCCUUUUUUAUAUUUGAGAAGAAACUCUGAAUGUACAAUACAAACUGUUAGUGUAGAUUUCUUCAAUCGUGAGAUUAUUAGAUGUACUUUGCACUUUUUGUUGUAAUAAAAAAGUAAACAUAGUAACUUAAAUGAUUUUUAAAUAUACAUUCAUAACCUGUGUGAGGUGAAAGCUCUCCCCGUCUAUUAAUGUCCACACAGCUUCAGCCAUGUUGAGGGCUAAAAGUGUCACAAUUCAAUAAAACCAAAUAUAAUUUACAUUUGUGAUGAAUAAAUAAAUAAAAAACGUGACUUAAAUGCAUGACUAAAUACACAAUGAAAUCAAUGUGAGUACUAAUUUACAUUCUGAGCAACAAUCAAUCAUGAAAUGAAUAAUCUGCACCGCAACUCAACUCUUACCCAAUCACAUUGUGUACAGCUGCAUUAGCCCCGCCCACCAAUUGAAAUUAAUUUAAAUAGAUCUUCAGCCUUCAAAUGAAGUUUUGGUGAUGAAUACAUGUAAAUGUUGUGUAUUUAUUGGAUUAUUGAAACAGUUGAAAAUUUUUAAAUACAUGUAUUUUCUAUUUUAUUUUAAUUAUCACACGCAUCAUUUAGUUAUUUUUGAGAGAUGCAUAAAUGUAUAUGUUUAUUUUAUGAUAAAUAAAACAGCAAAAACAUGUCAAUUUGUUAAAUACACAAUUAAACUUGUAAAUAUGGAAAUUAAGUAAAACUUUCAUUUAACUUCUCUUAAAAUUAUGUAUUAGUCUUUAAUUAUUUCAUAUUUCCUGUGCAUGAAAUUAUUUAAUUUAAAUUUUAUGUAAUUCAUAAGAUUAAAGAAACAAUGAGCAAAUUAAUAUUGAAUUGUCUCACUUUUGGCCAUCAAUACAUCUCCUCUCUUGGACUUGAGAGAAUUUUUGUUUUAUUUGACAUUUUUCACAUGUUAGAUCCAUUAAACCAACAACAGCUUCAGAUUUCAACAAAAACUAUAAAAGGAUUAAAGUCCGAGGCCUCGGCGAAUCCAGGCCACGCUGAAGAAAUUAUCCGAUCAAACAGAGACACAUCAGGGAAUUCAGACGGAGGGCAGCGUUGCAGAACCCAUCGGAUCGUGAGGUGGAAAAAAAAAAAACCUCACUAAACAAAAAGCCAUUAUUACCUGCACUGCAGCGCCACGCCCUCCCCCGCCCCCGUAAUACGGUUUCCUACCAAAGCGUGCAAGUAUAAUCAACACCAAUAAAAAAUCUCCCCUGGAAAAAGCUGAUCAAGCUCUCUGUGUGACAAGAUUCUCUCCAGCGACAAAGCCACACUGACCUUUCAGAAGAAAAGCUGUGUAAAGUAUUAGAAUCUGAUGCUGUAGAAAGAUCCUAGUUGCCUUUGUGUAUAUCAACUGCCUGCUUGAGUAUUUUGUGUGUGGAAGUUUUCUCUGUAAUCUCGUAGAACUGUUUGGGGUGUUUUUUCCUGCCAUAUCGCUCGCAGCCAAAGCGGGCCGCUGACGGUUAUAUUUGCUGUGUAUACCUUCAUUUUCUGAUGAGGUGUUUUACAAUUUCGUUUCACUUUGUGUAGUGAUUCACUCUGUGGAGUUUUCUGACUGUUGUUAUAUAACUUCAUAUACACAAAUGAUCAAUAAAAAUGUUUUAUUUCCUGUU